AUGGCUAACGGCGUCUAUGCCUCGGAGGGCAGUUCGGACUGCCCUGGCAUCGCAGGGCUCAAUGUGAUUCUUUCAACAAACCCCAGAAAUAGAAAUUUCUUUCCUCUGACCUUUAACCCAAACUCGAAAAACCAAGAAAUAAUAAUCAGUUUCAAGAAUCCAACGCUUAUUUCGGGUGAGUUGAGGAUCAGUUCGGAGAAUUUGGGAAGGUACUCCGUUUAUGGCAAGUCUAAGACGGAGAAUUUCGAUCACGACUUUCUACAGAUGGCAAGCCAUAAAAUUCGUCAGUCAUCGUACAUUCUGCCGAACGCUCUGAUGGAGCAAUUGCACAUAACAGUCAACGCCAAAGACAACAGUAAACAAUGUGUCAUCAUCGAUAUACAGAUUUGCCCGCUAGCCAGUUAA